GCGCAGGGGCACAGCCCGAGGCGGACACGGCGAGCCACCCGGCACUCCCACAGUCCGGCCGGCUCCUCCCGCUCGGCCACGGCACUGCUGCGGGCCACCCAGGAUUAUUCGCUUCUGGCUCCAGGCGCCGAGAAGGCGCGCUGGGUGCCCGUGGCCGCCGCGCCAGCUCCUCCUCCUACUGCUUCUGCUCCCCGGGCGAGCGCGCAGCCCGGAGCCCGCCCCGCGCCUCCCGGAGCCCUCCCCCCGCUGCUCCCAUGCGUGCGGGUGGGUCAUGAGCACAGCGCCCUCGCUUUCUGCCCUAAGAAGCAGUAAGCACAGCGGCAGCGGCGGCGGCGGCGGCGGCGGCAGCGGCAGCAGUGCGGACCCUGCCUGGACCAGCGCGCUCUCUGGAAAUAGCUCUGGCCCCGGCCAAGGCUCGUCCCUGGCCGGCAGCACCAAGCCUUUUGUGCACGCUGUGCCCCCCUCUGACCCUCUCCGCCAGGCUAACCGCCUGCCCAUCAAGGUGCUGAAGAUGCUGACGGCACGGACUGGCCACAUUUUGCACCCCGAGUACCUGCAGCCCCUGCCUUCCACUCCCGUCAGCCCCAUCGAGCUUGAUGCCAAGAAGAGCCCGCUGGCGCUGUUGGCGCAAACAUGCUCGCAGAUCGGGAAGCCCGACCCCUCGCCCUCUUCCAAACUCUCCUCUGUCGCUUCCAACGGGGGCGGCGCGGGCGGUGCCGGCAACGGCACCGGGGGCGACAAGGACGCAAAGUCGGGCCCCCUCAAGCUGAGCGACAUCGGCGUGGAGGACAAGUCGAGUUUCAAGCCGUACUCCAAACCCGGCUCGGAUAAGAAGGAGCCGGGAGGCGGCGGCGGCGGAGGCGGUGGUGGCGGGGGCGGCGGCGGGGGGGUUUCAGCAGAAAAGUCUGGAUUCCGGGUACCGAGCGCCACCUGCCAGCCAUUCACACCCAGGACAGGCAGCCCAAGCUCCAGCGCCUCGGCCUGCUCGCCAGGAGGCAUGCUGCCUUCGGCCGGGGGCGGCCCGGAGGGCAAGGACGACAAGAAGGACCCCGACGCGGGCGGCGGCGGCGGCGCCAGCAAGGGUUCCGGGGGCGCCUCGGCCGAAGGGGGACCCACUGGGUUGGCGCACGGCCGGAUUAGCUGCGGCGGAGGGAUUAAUGUGGACGUAAACCAGCACCCAGAUGGGGGCCCCGGGGGCAAGGCGCUAGGCUCAGACUGCGGCGGUUCAUCGGGCUCCAGCUCCGGCUCGGGCCCCAGCGCGCCCACCUCCUCCUCAGUGCUGGGCUCUGGGCUGGUGGCUCCGGUAUCACCCUACAAGCCGGGCCAGACAGUGUUCCCUCUGCCUCCCGCGGGCAUGACCUAUCCAGGCAGCCUGGCUGGGGCCUACGCUGGCUACCCGCCCCAAUUCCUGCCACAUGGCGUGGCUCUUGACCCCACCAAGCCGGGCAGCCUGGUGGGGGCGCAGCUGGCGGCGGCUGCGGCGGGCUCUCUGGGCUGCAGUAAGCCGGCGGGCUCCAGCCCCUUGGCCGGGGCGUCGCCGCCAUCCGUGAUGACAGCCAGUUUGUGCCGGGACCCGUACUGCCUCAGCUACCAUUGCGCCAGCCACCUAGCAGGGGCGGCGGCAGCCAGCGCUUCGUGCGCUCACGAUCCGGCCGCGGCGGCCGCGGCGCUCAAGUCCGGAUACCCGCUGGUGUACCCCACGCACCCGCUGCACGGCGUGCACUCUUCGCUAACAGCUGCCGCCGCUGCCGGCGCCACACCGCCCUCCCUGGCAGGCCACCCCCUCUACCCCUACGGCUUCAUGCUCCCUAACGACCCGCUCCCCCACAUCUGCAACUGGGUGUCGGCCAACGGGCCCUGCGACAAGCGCUUCGCCACGUCCGAAGAGCUGCUGAGCCACUUGCGGACCCAUACGGCCUUCCCCGGGACAGACAAACUGCUGUCGGGCUACCCCAGUUCAUCGUCUUUGGCCAGCGCCGCAGCGGCCGCCAUGGCUUGCCACAUGCACAUCCCCACGUCGGGCGCUCCGGGCAGUCCCGGGACGCUGGCGCUGCGCAGCCCCCACCACGCGCUGGGACUCAGCAGCCGCUACCACCCUUACUCCAAGAGCCCGCUACCCACACCCGGCGCUCCUGUGCCGGUGCCCGCCGCCACGGGACCGUACUACUCCCCCUAUGCCCUCUACGGACAGAGACUGACCACCGCCUCGGCACUGGGGUAUCAGUGAGGGCGGUGGGGAGGGUUAGCAAGGGAGAGAAAGGAGC